AUGCAAUUCCUCGCUGUCCUUCCUCUCCUGUACACCGCUGCAGCGGCCCUUGGCAUCAACUGUCGUGGAAACGCCAACUGCGUCGGUACACCCGAGUGCAGACUCUCCGAUCUGAUCUUGCAGGUCAGCCAGCAGGAUCCCAGCACAUCAUACAGCCCUGGGCAGCACAUUGCCUGCUGCGGCAUCCCCGGCGGCAAUAUCUGCGCAUUCACUCAGGGCAUUAGCAACUCGAUUACAGCUGGAGAAGCCUUGGGUAUGCUACAGGGACUGUCCUCUCACGGCUGUGGCCAGUGCGGCAGUAUUCCCUUCAAGGACAACAACGUCGCUGAAGGACAGCUGACUGUCAACUGGACUGACCACUAA